CAAAGUUGCCAAACAUGGCUACCUCGCCCGAGCCGAGCGCGGGGCCGGCAGCCGGGGGGGAGGCAGCGGCUGCGACCGAGGAAGAGGAGGAGGAAGCGCGCCAGCUUCUGCAGACUCUGCAGGAGGCCGAGGGGGAGGCGGCGGCGGCCGGGGCGGGCGAGGCGGCGGCGGCAGAUUCCGGGUCCCCGGGCGCCCCGGCGUCUCCCUCCGAGACCGCAGCCGAGGAGCCCACGGGCCUCCGCUUCUCGCCCGAGCAGGUGGCGUGUGUGUGCGAGGCGCUGCUGCAGGCUGGCCACGCCGGCCGCUUGAGCCGCUUCCUGGGCGCGCUGCCCCCGGCCGAGCGCCUACGUGGCAGCGAUCCGGUGCUGCGCGCGCGGGCCCUAGUGGCCUUUCAGCGGGGUGAAUACGCCGAGCUCUACCGGCUCCUAGAGAGCCGCCCUUUCCCCGCCGCCCACCACGCCUUCCUGCAGGACCUCUACCUGCGCGCGCGCUACCACGAGGCCGAGCGGGCCCGAGGCCGUGCCCUGGGCGCGGUGGACAAAUACCGGCUGCGCAAGAAGUUCCCUCUGCCCAAGACCAUCUGGGACGGCGAGGAGACCGUCUACUGCUUCAAGGAGCGCUCGCGCGCGGCGCUAAAGGCCUGCUACCGCGGCAACCGCUAUCCCACGCCAGACGAGAAGCGCCGCCUGGCCACGCUCACCGGCCUCUCGCUCACACAGGUCAGCAACUGGUUCAAGAACCGGCGACAGCGCGACCGAACUGGGACCGGCGGCGGAGCGCCCUGCAAAAGUGAGUCCGAUGGGAACCCCACUACUGAAGAUGAGUCCGAGUCCAGCAGAAGUCCGGAGGAUCUGGAGAGGAGUGUGGCCCCCGUAGCUGCUGAGGCCCCCACCCAGAAUUCUAUCUUCCUAGCGGGGGCCACCCCUCCUGCGACGUGCCCCGCCUCCUCCUCUAUCCUAGUGAAUGGCAGUUUCCUGGCAGCCAGCAGCCCCCCAGCAGUGCUCCUCAAUGGCAGCCCAGUCAUCAUCAAUAGCUUGGCUCUAGGAGAGGCUUCCAGCCUGGGGCCACUGCUGCUCACAGGAGGUGGGGGCGCGCCACCACCACAACCCAGCCCCCAGGGAGCCAAUGAGGCCAAGACUUCCCUGGUCCUGGACCCUCAGACAGGAGAGGUUAGAUUGGAAGAGGCUUCGUCUGAGGCUCCUGAGACCAAAGGGGUUCAGGGAGCUGUUCCUGGGGCAGCUGGAGAGGAAGUCCCAGGGACCCUGCCCCAAGUAGUCCCUGGUCCCCCACCCACCUCCACCUUCUCUCUGACCCCAGGAGCUGUGUCCUCAGUGGCUGCUCCGCAGGUUGUACCACUCUCCCCCUCUUCUGGGUACCCAACAGGCCUGAGCCCCACCUCCCCACUGCUGAACUUGCCUCAGGUGGUACCCACUUCCCAGGUGGUGACCCUGCCUCAGGCUGUGGGGCCACUCCAGCUGUUGGCAGCUGGGCCAGGCAGCCCUGUGAAGGUGGCAGCUCCAGCGGGGCCUGGUAAUGUGCACCUGAUAAACUCUGGUGUGGGAGUGACUGCACUGCAACUUCCCUCAGCCGCCACCCCAGGUACCCGCCUGCUUUCCUCGGGCCUGCUGGGCUGGGGGAGCCCGUGUUCUGCUUCUGGUACAUCUCUUGGGGUUAAGCCUACUGGUUCCUCUGCCUGCUCUCCAGCAUCUUGCCCUCCAUCUCUUCUCUCCACAGGAAACUUCCUCCUGGCCAACCCUGUGUCUGGCAGCCCUAUUGUCACUGGGGUAGCUGUGCAGCAGGGCAAGAUCAUCCUUACUGCUACCUUUCCCACCAGCAUGCUCGUUUCCCAAGUCCUGCCACCUGCCCCCAGCCUAGCCCUGCCCCUGAAGCAAGAGCCAGCCAUCACAGUGCCUGAAGGAGCCCUCCCAGUGACCCCCAGCCCCACCCUCCCUGAGGGUCACACUCUGGGGCCAAUCUCUACUCAGCCACUGCCACCUGCUCCUGCUGUCACCUCUGCCACCAGCCUGUCUUUCUCCCCGGACUCCUCUGGCCUGCUGCCUAGCUUCCCAGCACCCCUGCCUGAGGGUCUGAUGUUGUCACCUGCAGCUGUGCCAGUCUGGCCAGCAGGGCUGGAACUGAGCACAGGGGUGGAGGGGCUGGGGACACAGGCCACCCACACUGUGCUGAGAUUGCCAGACCCUGACUCCCAGGGGCUGCUCCUGGGAACCACAGCAGGGACUGAGGUUGAUGAGGGGCCAGAAGCUGAGGCCAAGGUCCUGACCCAGUUGCAGUCAGUACCUGUGGAGGAGCCCUUGGAACUGUGAUUGCUUGGACUUUUCACCUCUCCUGACAAUGGUGCUCAAGGUGCUAGGACAGAAGGAGGAACCCUCAGUAAAGUGGCUGCAGUCUGAAGGUCCCAAACUACAACCCUCCAUGCUGGACAAGCUGCAAGCCCUGGAGAAGCCAGAGGAACCACCCCAGUCAGGGCACUGUCCCUUGCCUGAUGAGAAGUCUUUUGUUACAGCCCUCUUUGCAUGGGGCUCUAGGGGUCCUGACUAGGGCUUUGUCCUCUACUUGGUACUAGCUGAGGAAGGCCCUGCUAAGUGGCUGGUUUCCAGCCAGCACCCUCACCAUAACACUAUUAAUAGGCCCACGGAUACCUAGUGCUCCCAGAACUGCCUGAAUCCCAGGGAUGGGAGACCAGGGUGUGACCCAGAGAGCCCUUCUGCUGAGGAGGGUCUGAUGGGUGCAUGGGACCCUUCCCCUACUUCCCUUGACUUGAGCCCCAGGAUCCAGUCCCAGACCAAAGAUUUCCCCCUGCCCACUGGGGCAACCCUGGCCUCUUUGUCUAGUUUGUAUCGUAAAUCUUUAUUUUUCUAGGACAUGUUAUGCCUCCAUUUCAAUUAAAGUCAAGUUAACAGACAACAGAGCCAUUGGGGUAAGGGUCACCUGCCAAACAACCAGCCUAAGAAAGAACUAGACAACACGAAGCCUGAGGU